CUGCACCUCAAAAAUUCUCUUUCCCAUUUGACGCUCUCUGUUCCUCAGAAGCGCCAAUUGAAGAAUUCCUCAAUAACAACACAUCUAAAGGAAAGGGAACGAACAUCUCUUUUUCACCCAACAACACCCUAACCAUUCUGGGUUGGAGCAUAUAGUUUGAAUACAUUUAUCUCGUUGAAUCUCUGUUCAAAUGGCUGCAACAGUAUCAUCUGCACCGAGUGGACCACGUUACGCACCAGAAGAUCCAACACUACCUAAGCCAUGGAAAGGAUUAGUUGAUGGAAACACUGGGUAUUUGUAUUUUUGGAAUCCGGUGACUAAUACUACUCAGUAUGAGAGGCCUAUUGCUGCUUCUUCGCCUGCGGCUCCUCCACCAAAACUUGCAGCAGUGCCUAUGAGUUCUUCUGUUCAAGUUAAUCAAUCAUCGUCUCAAGGGCAAAAUAGGACUGGCAGAGAAGAAAAUGGUCGGUAUAAUAGUGAAAUCAAUGCUGUGGAUAAGCUACAGUAUCAGACAAGAAAUGGAAGUGGAAACGCAGAUACUGGCCCAAAUGGAGUGGCUGCCAAAGUAGGGAGUGGUCCAACUCCAACACCAGAGGCCUAUCGCCGCCAGCAUGAAAUUUCUGUUUCUGGGGAUGAUGUACCAGCGCCGUUUUCAUCAUUUGAAUCCACAGGCUUUCCUCCAGAACUUCUUAGAGAGGUACACCAAGCUGGGUUCUCUGCUCCAACUCCAAUUCAGGCCCAGUCAUGGCCUAUUGCUCUCCAAAGUCGUGAUAUUGUUGCCAUUGCAAAAACAGGCUCAGGAAAAACUUUGGGUUACUUAAUUCCUGGGUUUAUGCAUCUCAAGCGAGUGCGGAAUAACUCUCAGAUGGGUCCAACCGUAUUAGUGCUUUCUCCAACAAGGGAAUUAGCAACACAAAUACAAGACGAGGCUGUGAAGUUUGGGAGGUCUUUAAGACUCCAAUGCACGUGUUUGUAUGGUGGAGCCCCAAAAGGUCCCCAGCUUAGAGAGAUUGAACGCGGAUGUGAUAUAGUUGUUGCCACUCCUGGACGCCUGAAUGAUAUUUUGGAGAUGAGAAAAAUUAGCCUCCGUCAGGUUUCCUACCUUGUGCUUGAUGAGGCAGACAGGAUGUUGGACAUGGGUUUUGAGCCUCAGAUUCGGAAAAUUGUGAAUGAGAUACCUCCUCGCCGACAGACGCUGAUGUACACUGCAACCUGGCCCAAGGAAGUGCGUAAAAUUGCUGCCGAUUUACUAGUUAAGCCUGUCCAGGUUAACAUUGGGAAUACUGAUGAGCUUGCUGCAAACAAGUCCAUUACUCAGCAUGUUGAAAUGGUCCAGCCAAUGGAAAAACAGAGGCGACUGGAACAGAUAUUGCGAUCACAGGAACCAGGUUCUAAGAUUAUAAUCUUCUGCUCAACCAAGAAGAUGUGUGACCAGCUUACUCGCAAUAUCACCCGUAACUAUGGGGCAGCAGCCAUUCAUGGGGAUAAAUCUCAGGGUGAGAGGGAUUAUGUGCUAAGCCAGUUUCGCUCCGGGAAAGCGCCUAUUCUUGUUGCGACUGAUGUUGCAGCUCGAGGUCUGGAUGUUAAGGACAUCAGGGUUGUGGUCAACUAUGACUUCCCUACUGGGGUUGAAGAUUACGUCCAUAGGAUUGGGAGAACUGGAAGAGCAGGUGCAACGGGCCUGGCUUACACCUUUUUUUCAGAAAAUGAUGCAAAACAUGCAUCUGACCUAGUUAAGCUCCUAGAAGGGGCAAAUCAGCGAGUGCCACCACAGAUCCGUGAGUUGGCAUCCCGGGGUGGUGGGUUCAACAGGUUUAAACGAUGGGGUCCUUCCUCUGGAGGUAGUGAUGGUGCUCGUGGUGGACGUUUUGAGUCCAGUUUUGGAGGCAGAGGUCGUGGGCCUUCAUCAUUUUCAGACAGAUCAGAGAAAGAGUAUGGAGGUCGUGGAUUUGAUCGAGAACAGCCUCGUGAAAGUUCUGGGUUUGACGGUGUGAGCUUUCAUGAAAGAGCCUAUGGUGCCCGUAAUAGUGACCGUCGUCCUCGAAGCCCAAACAAAGGGGGAAGUGGAUGGGGCACAACAAGCAGGAGCCGCAGCCGCAGCCCUAAUAGAUUUGAAGGAGGGUAUAACAAACAAAAGGAGGAGGUAGAGGAAGGUUUGAUUGGCGCUGAUGACUAGUGCUUGUAAGAGGAAUUUGGAGGAGUCAGUGUUCACUCUGACUGAUAAAGAGAAGUGGGAUUGAUGCCAGGUUCUGUACUGCGGGCAAUGAACUUGUUCUGAUCCCAUGGGUUAUAGUUUUUUUCUUUUUCUUUUUCUUUUUGUGAUAUGAUUUUUUGCUGGUGUUGUAGUGGAAAGAAGAAAUAGUGGUGAAAUUUUUAACACUGUAACGGGGAACACAGUUUGCGGAAAAAGGGGAAAGGGGCAUUAACUUAUGGUUAUAUGAUUAUACGGCACUGUAGUAGUAUUUAGUUGGUCGGAAAUAGAGGUAGUAUUAUGUAUUUGAACUCUUUUGUUAUCAUAUCUCAUUUUGUAAGUUCUGAACUGAAGACUUUUGGUCAGGUAAAUUAAUGAACUAGAGUUGCUUGUAA